AUGUUUACCGUGACUCAGACCUCGAGAGCAUGGUUCAUCGACAGAGCCCGCCAAGCCCGAGAAGAAAGGCUCGUGCAGAAGGAACGGGAACGGGCAGCCAUUGGCAUUCAGGCCCACGCACGGGGUUUUCUGUGUCGGAGACGACUGCAGAGAGAGCACAGGAGGGAAAUUGAUGAGUUUUUUAAAGCAGAUGAGGAUGGGUCCAGUAAAAGAAGUGCACUUUGUAUUUUUAAAAUUGCCCGAAAGCAGCUGUUCUUGUUUAGAAUUCAAGAAGAUCAUGAGAGAUUUGAGAAGCUAUGUCGCUGCAUCCUAAGCAGCAUGGAUGCUGAGAAUGAACCCAAGGUGUGGUAUGUGUCCCUGGCUCUUUCCAAGGAUCUUACCCUCACCUGGAUUAAGCAGAUCAAGGCCAUUCUAUGGUAUUGCUGUGAAUUUCUUCAGCAAUUAAAGCCUGAAAUCCUGCAGGACUCCCGACUCAUCACGCUAUACCUCACCAUGCUUGUCACCUUCACAGAUACUUCAACAUGGAAAAUUCUCCGGGGAAAAGGUGAGACCCUCCGACCAGCCAUGAACCACAUUUGUGCAAACGUAAUGGGACAUCUGAAGCAGCGUGGAUUUUAUUCAGUGCUCCAGAUACUGUUAACACGUGGCCUGGCAAGACCCCGGCCUUCUCUCUCCAAAGGCACUUUAACUGCAGCCUUUUCCCUAGCUUUGCGCCCUGUGAUGGCUGCACAAUUUUCGGACAAUCUGCUUCGGCCCUUCCUCAUCCACAUCAUGUCCGUACCAGCCCUGGUGACUCACCUCAGCACUCUGACCCCUGAGCGUCUCGCUGUUUUAGAAUCUCAUGACAUGCUUCGUAAAUUCAUCAUAUUUUUAAGAGAUGAAGAUCGAUGCAGCGAUGUAUGUGAAUGUUUAGAAGGAUGCCAUACCCUUUGCCUAAUGGGCAACCUCCUCCAGUUGGGCUCCUUCAGUCCCCGAGUGUUAGAGGAGGAGAUGGAUGGGUUUGUGAGCAUGCUCACUCAAAUGCUGUGCUACUGUCAGAAGUAUGUGUCACAAAAGAAAUCCAACCUGACCCACUGGCACCCUGUCCUGGGCUGGUUCUCCCAAUCCGUGGAUUAUGGCCUCAACAAGUCAAUGCCCUUGAUCAUCAAACAGCUGCAGUUCCUGUGGGGAGUACCUCUCAUCCGCAUCUUCUUUAGUGACAUCCUGAGCAAGAAACUGCUGGAGAGCCAAGAGACGGCCCAGGUGCAGCCAGCGUCCCCCCAGAACGUGCUUCCAGUGAAGAAUCUCCUAAAGCGUGCAUUUCAGAAGUCAGCAUCAGUUCGGAAUAUUCUCCGGCCUGUUGGGGGUAAACGUGUUGACUCUGCGGAAGUACAGAAGGUUUGCAACAUCUGCGUCCUCUACCAGACCUCGCUGACAACCCUCACCCAGAUCCGGCUGCAGAUCCUCACAGGUCUCACUUACCUUGACGACCUGCUGCCCAAACUGUGGGCAUUUAUCUGUGAGUUGGGGCCCCACGGGGGCCUGAAGCUCUUCCUGGAAUGCCUGAACAAUGACACCGCGGAGUCCAAGCAGCUCUUGGCCAUGCUGAUCCUGUUCUGUGACUGCUCCCGGCACCUCAUCACGAUUCUUGAUGACAUUGAAGUUUAUGAAGAACAAAUUUCAUUCAAACUUGAAGAACUGGUCACCAUCUCCUCAUUUCUGAAUUCCUUUGUGUUUAAGAUGAUCUGGGAUGGAAUUGUAGAAAACGCCAAGGGCGAAACCUUGGAGCUGUUCCAAUCCGUCCAUGGGUGGCUGAUGGUCCUCUACGAGCGAGACUGCCGGCGGCGCUUCGCCCCUGAGGAUCACUGGCUGCGAAAAGAUCUCAAGCCCAGUGUGCUCUUCCAAGAACUGGACAAGGACAGAAAGCGGGCCCAGCUGAUCCUGCAGUAUAUCCCUCACGUCAUUCCUCACAAAAACGAUGGCUACGAGCAGCUUCGGCAGCUCUCCCACCACGCCAUGAAGGGCGUGAUCCGCGUGAAGUUUGUCAAUGACCUCGGGGUGGACGAGGCAGGGAUCGACCAGGACGGCGUUUUCAAGGAGUUCCUAGAAGAGAUCAUCAAGAGGGUGUUCGACCCAGCACUCAAUCUGUUCAAGACCACCAGUGGGGACGAGAGACUGUACCCUUCACCCACCUCCUAUAUCCAUGAGAAUUACCUGCAGCUUUUUGAGUUUGUGGGGAAGAUGCUGGGGAAAGCUGUGUAUGAGGGAAUUGUGGUGGACGUGCCCUUCGCCUCCUUCUUCCUGAGCCAGCUGCUUGGGCACCACCACAGCGUCUUCUACAGCUCUGUGGACGAACUGCCUUCUCUGGACUCAGAGUUCUACAAAAACCUCACUUCCAUUAAGCGCUAUGACGGGGACAUCGCUGACCUGGGUCUGACGCUGUCGUAUGAUGAAGACGUGAUGGGUCAGCUUGUUUGCCACGAACUGGUUCCUGGAGGGAAGACCAUUCCUGUUACAAAUGAAAACAAAAUCAGCUACAUCCAUUUGAUGGCGCACUUUCGAAUGCACACACAGAUCAAAAACCAGACGGCUGCCCUCAUUGGUGGGUUCCGUUCCAUCAUCAAACCUGAGUGGAUCCGAAUGUUCUCAACCCCCGAACUGCAGCGUCUCAUCUCUGGGGACAAUGCUGAGAUUGACCUGGAAGAUUUAAAGAAGCACACGGUGUACUACGGCGGUUUCCAUGGAAGCCACAGGGUCAUCAUCUGGCUGUGGGAUAUUCUGGCCUCCGACUUCACGCCUGACGAGAGAGCCAUGUUUCUGAAGGACACCGGAGAUACCCUGGGCAGCGUCCUCCGUGGCUUCUUCACCAUCCGCAAGCGGGAGCCAGGGGGCCGCCUGCCCACCUCCUCCACCUGCUUCAACCUGCUCAAGCUGCCCAACUACAGCAAGAAGAGUGUCCUGCGGGAGAAGUUGCGCUAUGCCAUCAGCAUGAACACAGGCUUUGAGCUCUCCUAG